UUUCACAGCUCCUCAGCGGUCGUUCGUCGUCGGUUUCUUUGGAUCGCGAUCCAGUCGGAGAUAUAUUAUACACAAAUAUAAUAUACGUAAAUGUGCACAGCAUCCCUGCGAUUUCGGUGAUAAAAGUGAAAUUGCCAAGUGCCCAAGAAGCUGCCAGAAAUCACAAUCAAAUUUUUUGUUUCGUUUUUUGUUCGAGUGCCGAGAAUGAUUAGUUAAAUAAAAUCUCAAGCGAAAUUCACAGGAAUUUCAGGUAGCCAGCGGACUUACCUGAUCUCUCGUCGAGGAUCAAGAUCUAUCGGCGGUGUGGGAGAGAGCCCGGUGAUUAGUAUUCCCCCGAAAUCAUUUGUCAGAAAUGGCUCUCCAUCGGCGAUCGACUGGGGCAACUGGGUCUCUGGGUCUGCUCACCUUGACUGUGCUGGCCUCCUCCUGGCUGUCCGUGUCCACAUCGCAGUCGCUGCCCUUGGGCAGAUCGGCAUUGCCCGCCCAGCCGGCGGAUCAUCUGGUGCCGCCGCCACUGCCCAUCCCCCAGAGACUCUCCCAUGCUGGGGCGGGAACGCCAGCGCUUCCGGCCACUACUGCUCCAGUUUCUCCACCCGAACCCUCGGGUUUCAUGACCCGCGUGGCCAGAUGGUUCGGCCUGGGUCAGUCCACCAAGGAUCAGCAGCAGAGUGCCACUAACUCGCUGAGCUACGCCUAUCCCAAGCCGGUGCCCGGUUUCCCGGAGGCAGGUGGCAAGCCCUGCAGUCUGUGCAACAAGUAUCCCUGGGUGCCCAUGGUGGGUCAGCAGCUAAACCACCAGCUGCAACAGAAUCAUCAUCCGCAGCAGCAGCAGCAGCAGCAUCCGCCGCAACAUCAUCCGCAGCAGCAACAGUUGCAAGUGCAGCAGCAACAGCUGAAGCAUCUGCCGCAGCAACAUGCAACAUGGCAGCUGCAACAACCACAGCCGGUGGCCCAGGCCUCGCAGCAACGCCAGCGGGCGGUGCAGUUUCUACCCAGCUCCGUUGGAGCUCAGGGUGUCUUCCUGCCGUUGGCGGUGCCACUGCCACCACUUUACAGUGCCCAGCCCUUCCGCCCAGUGCCAGCUGGAGCUGGAGCUGCAGUGCAUCCGGUAGUGAGUCACAAGGAGAACGUGGUGGCCCAGUCGGAGGAGCGACCCGUGCCCGUUUCCCUGCCAACUCCUGCUCCGCCGGCCAGCACCUCCAGCUUUGAGAUCGUGCAGAGCCACCAGGUGACGGACUUUGUGACCUCCGUGGAGUAUCCGGCCACCUAUGUGCAGUCGCAUGCCAUUGAUCUGGGCUCGACGGGUGGUCAGGAGGAGGUGGCUUCGGAGCAGCCGCAGGAUAUCAGUACGGUGCGCUAUCAGCUGGAGGAUCUGAGCAGUGGACAGGUGCAUCAGCACUUGCCCGCCUCCCAGCUGCUCACCGAGAUUGGCCAUUUUGCGGAGACGACCACGCAGCAACCGCCGGCGGAUAAUUAUCCAGCGGCCUCCUCACAACAGCAAUUGCAGCAGGAGCAGGAGCAGGAGCAGGAACAGUCCUUCUACUAUGCCGAGCAGUUCCAGGAGGAGACCAGCACCCUGGUGUACAGCACCACCACGGAGUUGCCCACCACCACCACUACGACGGCACCACCGCCACCUUCACCACCAUCACCAGUAGUGGAACUGAAUAACCACCUGGCGGGAGUCCAAUCCCAUCCCCUGAACUACCGCCAAGGCAUUGGAAGGGGCAGGGAAACGCCCAAGCGGCUUCUGGAAUCACCCGGCGGUGGUGGACGACCCUUCACCCGCGAUCCCGCCGAUCUUGGCUUCCGGCUGAGCCAGGUGUACACGCCCACGCAGCCACCCACACCCACUUCCACAUAUGGAGCCAUCGAUGCCAGCGGGCAGUUUGCGGGAAUGGCGCCACCGAGUCCACAGCAGGUUAUCAUACCCUACACCACCAAGCAGCGACCACGUCCCUUCGAGAGCUGGACGCCCUCGAAAGGGCAGCAACAGCUGCAACAUCACCAGAACCACAACGACCUGGAGGAGGAGCCGCACGAGCAGCAGGAAUCCAAGCUGGCCACGGCCACGGUCACGGCACCACCAUUGCCACCCAACUCGCGUCGCACCACCAAGUACCUGACCAAGAUCCUUGCCACCAAUCUGAGGGAGCUGCUCAAGCGGGAGCGGGAGACAAAGAAGCGGUUGCCUGGUCAGGGAUUGGGAUUGGGCGUAGACAUUUCCCGGUUGCAGCACAACAUCGAUGGCUGGACGGAGCAGGAGUACAACUCCCUGUCGCAUCGACCCAGCACGCCCACGAUUCGCGGCCGAUCCAAGCACAUACCCUCCGAGUACCUGACCACCACCACCACCACACCAGCUCCGUUGGCAGUGACCCACCACAACCACCAGAAUCACCAAAGUCCCCAGCAGCGUCAGUCAAAAACCACGCGGGGCGAGGGAUUCGAGCUGGGUGGUGCUCCACCCACCGAUGCUGGCGACCUUUCCACCUCCAUCAACAAUCUGGAGCAACUGCAUCUGCUGGGUGAUCGGGGAUCGGGGGGCAACGGCGGUGGCUUCCAGCCCAUCGAGGACAAUCGCCUGCAUUUCGAUUACUACGAUGUCCGGCCGGGGGCCCGAUCCACCUCGGCCAUGACCACCAGUUCCAGUCCCAGCACCACCACGACUCCUCCAUCGAUCACCACCACAAGCACCACCAUAGCACCGCUCUAUGUGCGCAGCACCACUGCGCCCAAGGAGCUGUGGAAACAGGCCCAGGUGGCCAUCCUGCCGCAGACCAACGAGAAGGUCUAUGUGGUCACGCCACAGCCGCGCCACCAGGAGCACCAUGAGGCCUCCGCCUCGGCGCCAAGACCAGUUUAUCAGACGCCAGCACCGCGGUUUCCACGAAUGCGACCCACUCCAGCUGGCGAAGUGAAGUCGCCCACGCCCACCAGUUCGUCGCAGCUGCGCAACUACACGCCGGAUAUAUUCGGGCUGAUGGGAUUGUCCUCUUAUGUGCCCGCGGAGCCCGUGGAGAUAAUCGACGGAAAUUCCAAAGUCAUCACGAUUGUGACAGCAGCGCCGACGACGGCAGCACUCCAACGACCGACAGCGAGGUCCACGAUGUCCCCUUCGCCCAGAUAGAGGUCGAGACAAGGUCAAGCCCCCAUCCAUCCCCCAUCCUGUUGUAUUAUAUUUCCCCCAUCGCAAAAAAAAGGACCGAGAAUUCAACCUAGUUAUAGAGCAAAGUCUUCGGAAGUGCUACGUUAAGAGAGAUCCCGAAUCAAAGUUAGAGUAUUUUCGCAUUUGGUAGCUUUAUAAACACAUAGAAGAAGAAGAAGAGGACCAUGAGUAGCCCAGGAGAACCAAAGGAGUGGAGCUAUCCCUAGUAUAAAAAGGAUUUGUGUUCUUUUUUGUUUUUUUUUUGUUCUGGCUCUUCCUUUGCUAGUUUUAGUUCUAUGUAUAAAUAUAUAUAUAUUAUAUCUAUUUCAAUCUAUCCGAAGAGUUGGUUGUCAUGCGGUUGACAACAUUAUAAUCGACGUGGAACCAAAAUAUAGCAAAAAUUAAUAAACAAACGAUCAAAUAAAUAAAUGAAAUCAAAGUCAUUCUAAUGUACCUACUCUACUUUGUAAGUAUGAUUGAAUACAAAUAAAAUAUUAUCGGACUUUU